CAUAAAGCGUGAUGUACAUUUAUUUGAGCAAAAAUCAAAUCCACGACAGAAUGGCUGGAAUACGACUUGCCAAUUACAAUUUAUUCUUUAUACAUGUUAUAUUCGGUAGUGUGUUUAUCGCCUGCUUGAGUGCAUCAACGUCACAGGACGCCUGUCAGCAAGACGUUAACUGCUUUCUGCCACAGUGUUUUUGUAGUAAAUUCAAUCACCCAAUGAACCGCAGCGAAAUCCCACAGAUGGUAUAUUUUGCAUUCGAUGACGUGGUGCAUGUGGAUGUCUCAAAGCAUUAUGAUUAUUUGUUUUUGAAGAAUAACUUCACGAAUCCGAACGGAUGUCCUAUCAGUAUAACGUUGUUUGUUUCCGACAAGUACACCAAUUACUCAAUGUUGAAAAAGUAUCACCAACUUGGAUUUGAACUUGGUGUUCACAGUGUAACACAUUCGAAGGUAAACACAGGCGAUAAAGUUCGAAAAGAAGCUGAAGACCAGAGAAAUUACUUAAUCAGACAAGCUGGUGUGUCAAAAGAGGACAUUAUAGGAUGGCGGAGUCCCUUUCUGAUAACAGCAGGCGAUCAACAAAUAGACGCUCUGAAGCAACUCGGUUUACAGUACGAUAUUUCAUUGAUAUAUCAGAGAGCCAAAAUGGACGAUGAUGACCUUUGGCCCUUUACAAUGGAUUACGGGUGGCCCUUCGAGUGUCUAAACAAUAGGUGCCCGAAACAGAACCACAAAGGUUUCUGGCAAGUUCCUGUUAAUGCUAUGAUAGAUUAUAAGCACGAGGGCUCUUGUACUUUUGUUGACGGGUGCUACAAUAAACCAAACAAUGAGGAUGAGGCUUACAAAUUCAUUAUGGAUAAUUUCUACAGCCAUUACAGAGGAAACAAGUCUCCAUUUGGAUUCAACAUGCAUGCUUCUUGGUUUGAGACAGUGUAUUUGAGAGAUGCCAUGGAGAAAGCUUUAAGGGAUAUCAACCAGUACGACGAUGUUUAUAUUGUAAAUAUUAAACAGAUGCUGGAGUGGAUGAGGUAUCCAACAAAACUAUCGGACAUUAAAACAUUCGACGGAUUAGGAUGCUGGCCAUACAAGAAAACAACGUAUCAGAAACUUUUGUGGGUAAUCCCACUUCCUUUUGUCGUAGUACUGGUUUGUAUACUGUUUGUAUAUGCCUUUCGAAAAAUAUACCGUAAAAUAAAGAAUAAGAAUUAUGUGAUUUUAAAGGAUAAUGGAUCCAUUGAAAAACUGGUAAAUGGUAGUGAGGACUUUGACUAAUGACGUUAUUCUUAAUUAUACAUUUGAUUAAAUAUUUUGCUUCGUAGCUAUUAAAAUUUG